GCCUUUUGAAAUCAGUCUACAAUAAUUUCCAGCGGAGGAAACAAGAAGGUGUCUUUGCGCUUUCAACUCGAAGUGCAUCCUGCGCUUCUGCAAAUAACACUUUCUGCGCAAAGAGGUCUGGCGUUUCUGCUCGUCGGGCUGGAGUUAAUUUGCGUUGGUGUGCGCAAUGAUGGCCACUUACCAAAGUCCGGAGGAGGACCAGAUAGCCUUAUUGAUCCAUGACACGAACACGAGCAAGGAGAAGGAGCGACCCAAAGAGGAGCCGGACCAGGAAAAAGCCGCAGAAAAGCCCGAUCCGUCCCAGAAACCGCCAUACUCCUACGUCGCUCUCAUCGCCAUGGCCAUCCGGGAGAGCUCAGAGAAGCGCCUCACUUUGUCCGGUAUUUAUCAAUAUAUCAUCAGCAAGUUCCCAUUCUACGAGAAGAACAAGAAAGGCUGGCAAAACAGCAUCAGGCACAACCUGAGUCUCAACGAAUGCUUCAUCAAGGUUCCGCGGGAGGGCGGCGGCGAGAGGAAGGGGAACUAUUGGACCCUGGACCCGGCCUGUGAGGACAUGUUCGAGAAGGGGAACUACAGGAGACGGCGCAGGAUGAAGCGGCCUUUCAGACCCCCGCCAGCCCACUUCCAGCCGGGGAAGGCCUUGUUCGGAGGGGACGGCUACGGCUACCUGACCCCACCCAAGUACCUGCAGUCCAGUUUCAUGAACAACUCCUGGUCGUUAGGCCAGCCGCCCACCCCGAUGCCCUACACGUCCUGUCAGAUGGCCGGUGGCAACGUGAGUCCGGUGAACGUGAAGGGACUGACGGCCCCCUCGUCCUACAACCCCUACUCCCGGGUCCAGAGCAUGGCGCUGCCCAGCAUGGUAAACUCUUACAACGGCAUGAGCCACCACCAUCACCCCCACCACGCGCAGCAGCUGAGCCCGGCCACCGCAGCACCUCCUCCGGUCUCCUCCAGCAACGGAGCCGGCCUGCAGUUCGCCUGCUCCCGCCAGCCCGCGGAGCUCUCCAUGAUGCACUGCUCUUACUGGGAACACGAGACCAAACACUCGGCGUUACACACGAGGAUUGAUAUUUAAACUCCACCCGCUGGGACUGUUCUCUGUACAAAUGAAGACUCUAAGAGUUGAUUCCUGUGAUUUCAAAAACAGAACCAGCAGUAUUCUUUAAAGAGACCGUUCUGAUGAGCUGUUUGGGUCCAGCUGAUGGGGAAAGCCGAUGGAGAAACGCUAGCUCUAACUGAGGGGGAGCGUUUCACAAAAUGGAAGAGAUCAGCGCACAUCAGGUAGCAUGAUCUUCGGACUGAUGGCCAUAACUCUGUUCUGGUCACUGUGACAUGAAAAACAAGGCUUUUGUUGCGGACAUGCCGACACAACUCCAGCCGCAGCUGUUCGGUGUGCGUAAAAAGUUCUUAAACUUUUACGCACGGCUUCUCUCAGAGUUCCCUGACGAGAAGAGGGUAUAAGAUGCCCCUUUUAAACCGGUGCUUGAAUCUGUAAUUAGACCGGGAUUGGUUCUGACUUAAAUUAAUCUGCACAGAGCGAGGCCUGCACGGACUUAGUCGGAAGCGAUUAUUUUCAGAAGGUCUUGGUAAAAUAUUCAUCAGACAUUAAAAAAAUAAAAGAAGAAAAACAAUUCAGGGCUUUUCAAAUUACUUCAUUAUUAUGUUUUUGUAAAGAUGUAAAUUCUAGUAUGACGCCAGUCGGUGUCAGGUUUUUGUUAAUCUUUUUAAUUAUUGUAGCUUUUUUUAAAUAAAUGUGAUUAGCUAUGUCUCAUCCAUGUCGGGGCCAUGUUACAUCUUAAUUAGCACUUUGCCCUGUUUUUUUCUAGGUUUGUCAAUUUCUUAAUAAACUUGUAUUUCUUAAAAUAAUA